AAACACUUCAACAAAUUAACCUGCCGUCUGGUCGAGUACGAUAACUGCUCUCAUGAUACACGACCCAGCUGAUCGAGACUGCAGCGAAGCGUACGUUAUCCUAACUAAAGCUGUUUCUAUUUUCUACAGGCAGUAUUUUAACGGUACAGUUGCAUAGUCUAUGUUUUUUUAAACUGCAGCAUGUGAUUAAUUAACCGAAGAAUACAUCGUUAGUAGCUAUACUAUGCUAUACUAUACUAGAGGAUUUAAUAUAUACUCUGUGUUUAUUGUGACAAAAUUUCGCUAUCGUAACUCCGUAAGAUAUUGAAAAGAUGUAACACCUAGUGACUAUAUACAGUAAGCGUAUGCUAGAAACAAAUUGGAGUAUAGUCUUGUUUGAGAUCCAUAAUAUAUGAUCGUAAUUACUUUCUCUAUUUUAAUUAUGACUAUCAUUGUUAUUGUUAUGAAAAUGUGUCUCUACAAUGUCAAUGUAUUAAUUGUGGCUGCAUAUCGUUAACUUUAAUUUUUAUACCAAGUCUAUACUUGCUUAACUUUAUAGUAACUUGGUAUACACGCGGUACUGUUUAAAAUUAAAAGAAGAGGAUUAGCACUGCCAGAAAUAUGUCAUCAAAUGCAGAAUCAAACAGCCAGCAAUCUAACGAGAAAGGAAUCUUGAAGAAACUUAGUCAUAUCAUUACAAGCAGUAUAGAGAAUUUUUUCUACAGGCAAGUUUUUGUUAUUUUUAUUUACUUAUUUUAAUACUUAUAUAGGAUGAAUAUUAUGGUCAAUAUUAUAGUUAAUAUUGUCGUCAAUAUCAUAUAAUUGUGAGCGACAUGGACUGUCUUUCAACUCAGCGACUGAAACCGCAUAAUAGACAAUUACAUCAAAUGCAUGCAUAUAUAGAGGCAUUGAUAGUCAUAAUAGUUCAUAAUUUGCACAGUUUAUUCGUGAAAUAUAUUAACGAUAGUUGCAUUUUUCGCAACUGUUCCUGGUCCUCCUGAGUCCUGGUUAGGCCCGAUUUGGACCGACGACCUUAAAACGAUUUACGUAUGACAGAGGAGUGGCGUUUAAAUCAACUGGGUUCGGCAUAACCUAUUAUACGAGACAGGUUCGACAUGAGUUUAGACACCGUGAGUAAUUCAUGCGCCGAACAACGUAAGGCGCAUGAAAAGUUAUACAAUAAAUUUAUUUAUAGCUACCGGUAAAACCUUCAGUAUACAAUUAUCGUACAGAAAGAAAAAUAUUAACUGCUUUACAAGAUUUCCGAGUGGGAGUCUUAUAUAUAGUCACUUAGGAAAGUAGUGGAAUCAUGCGUAGGCUAUAUCUUCCGGUAAACUAUAUUCCAUAAUCGUGCCCCACUAUACUCAGGCGUCUUUUUAGGAAACUAGUGCGUGGCUUGAGUAAGUUUAAUUUGACUUCAGAAUUCCUGAAAUUAUACCUCGUGCCACGAAGAGAAACAAAACUAAAGAUUUUGCAAGUAUAUAAGACGGCGUAUGCCCUUUCAGUAUCUUGAACAUCAAAAGUCCACCGUCUAUAACUUUAAGCAAGACCUAAGAUAUAUUUACGUUCGGCUUGGUUUUGAUAGUUUGCCCAAUUCGACAGAUUGCUUCAUUCAAGAGUAAUUACACGAGCACAAUUACCUGCAAUACAAGAAAAUUAUCACGCAAACAAUUUAUUUCAGGCUGCCUCAGUUUUAUUACAUUAUAAGUGAAGUGUGUAUAAUCAUAUUGUAUGAUCGACUGGUUAACAUCAUAAUUAACUGCCCAUGCAGAAAUAUAAAGAUUAACUUAAUUAAUCCAAUCAGUCAUCCCAGUUUACAUUUUAGUCACUAAUUUGUACCAAACGUUUGGACACUUGCGGUGUGCCGAGAUUACUGCCCGCGACGUAUAAAGAGUUUAUUGCAGCCCCGACAGACAUUGUAUCCACUCUACUUGAACCGCAAUUAGUUAGCGGUAUCCUUUCGUGUUUCGCUCAUGGUUUCAUAUUUUUACACUACACUACAUGUCAACUACUAAACUACAUGUUUUGGUCUCUUUGCACGAAUAACAUGUAUCUUCAAGUAUUAUUUAGAGAUUGAUAUAAUUAUUUACCCAGAUCCAUGAGUUGUGAAAUUGUUGGUAAAAUGCUUACUUUUAUAUCGGCUAUUUACUCACGUCUCACCCAUUUCUGAAUUGGCAGCAUUACUGCUGUGUGGUAUUAUGAUUUCGAGACAUUCCCUGUAGCUGAGAUAUUUGCCGGCCGUGUUAUGACUUCUUUUGUCAGUAGGCUAUAUAGACCUUUCCCCUUUUAAGUGAAAUUUUGAUCAAGACAAGUCUGGACAAAAAUUUCAUCACAGCUUGAAACAGCAUCACAAAAUUAGUAAUAUUCCGAAGUUUCGUUGCGAAAUGUUGUAAAAUGCGGAUAAUAUAGCCUUGCGCAGUUUGCCGUUUUUCAGUCAUUUUGCAUUACAAACGGGAAAUUGAUAAUCAGAUGAUUAAAUUGAUUAUCAAUUUCCCGUUUGUAAUGCAAAAUGACUGAAAAACGGCAAACUUUGCAAGGCUAUAUUAUCCGCAUUUUACAGCAUUUCGCAACGAAACUUUGGAAUAUUACUAAUAUUGCGAUGCUCUUUCAAGUUGUGAUGAAAUUUUUGUCCAGACUUGUCUGGACCAAAAUUUCACGUAAAAGGGGAAAGGUCUAUUGUCUCAACAUUGUCGCAUGUUUGGGAAUGAUAUCUCCUCAUGUUUCACCAGGGAUGGGAUUGUGAUUAUUAGGUUGGUCUUUUGUCGAUACAUGGGGCUCAGACAUGUCCUGUUGACCAUACCUUCAAUCAUUGUUACAUACUUUUCUAUGAUUGUAAAGUUAAUAAAUAAAUAAGAUUAGGAUCAUAUAGACAGUCGAGAGGAAUGGACUGCAAACCCCAAUGCGAAAAGCCGCAUCCGUCAUGAUAUGGGCCAUAACUCUAAUAUGAAAACUAACCCUGCAUAAAAAUUAAAAAUAACCCUAGCUGCAUUUAAAUCAAUUUGACGAAAAAAACUCGCUGACAACUUCUGGCUACAUUCGAUCGCCGCCGUUUGCCAUUGAACAAUAAGAAGCCGACAUACUGGUAAUACAGCAACCUGACUUGGCAACAUUCGGGAAAAAAGCGCGUCAACCAGCUAAAUCCUGUGAAUAACAGUGUAAGAAUAAUUGUAUUGUUCCAUGCUGUAAUAAUUGUAUUGUUUCCAUUUUUACCCUGAAAAGGUCAUCAUUAGUAAGUAUUUUGCGUUGUUUUGUUUUGUAUCGUAUAUUCAUGCAACCAUGUAUAUAAAAGAUCUCACUUGGUACAACUAUAAGGCCACUCAAAUACCGCGGAGUGUUUUCCGGUCCUUAUAACGUUUCGCGCAAAUCACGGCAGUUUGUUACAAUGAUUUUUUUACUAAUUGUUUACCGGAUACCAUAUUAUGCUGUGAUGCUAUCAUCUGCCACCACAGCAACAAUACGCGCAAUUGAAGUCGUAUAAUUAUUACCAAAGGUAGAAACCCAAGUGCUUUGAAAUUGUUUGUAUAUAAAUAAAUAUAUUAAUUGAAUUGUUAAACAUUUAAACAGUUGCUCUUCUCCAACAUUUCCUAACUGUAUUGGUUAGUCGUUUUGCAGCUUUCACCUAAGUACUAAAUUGUGCCGUGUAUCAUGCUGUAAGAACUGACUGUUGCUUUAAAUUUUGAUUGAUUUAAUUAUAAACCAUUCAAUCCCAGACUAGAAAACCAUAAAUAAAUAUCUGAGAAAUUAUUAACAAUAACAUAUUAUUAAUUUUUAAUAAGAUUAUAAGUGAUGGUGUAUAUUACUCAACGUCAAAAAAUCUUGAUUAUGAUAGGCCUACGAUUUUGUCGUUGUUAAUUCACAUCCGCUUCAGUUGAAAUUGUUUAUUUUCUACAACAUGUAUGCAUGUGCAAAAAGUGUAUGCUGAUACUUUCUAAAUCCUGGCAGAAAGAUGAAUAGUCAACAAAUUUAAACAACCCUAACUAAGUAUACCUGAACAUUUCUAAUUUCCCAGUAUACUGUACCUUUUUCUCUAGGCAAAUUUCAAGGGAAAAGCUUCGCAAGGAGCUGUUGAGCAGAUAUUAAUAUUAUUUCGCCUAUACUAUUUACUUUUCACUUCAAUAUUCUAUGCCUAUAUAUUUAAUUCUCACUGUACUUUCCAGGCUUGGUAAAACUGUUGGUGGCAGUCCAUGGAUAACAAUACUUGUGUCACUUAUGGUAUGUGCAGUCUGUAUGGUAGGCUUUCUCAGGUUUGAACAAGAAAGUCGUGGUGAAAAACUCUGGGUUCCAUCGGAUGCCAAGGCACAGAGUGAUAAAGAAUGGGUGGAAGAUAUGUUUCCAGAAGAGUCAGCUCAAGUCAAUUUUAUUAUUGAAGAAUCGAAUGUCUUGACCGCUGACAUCAUGAAGCAGGUUGGUGCAUUUAUGUCAUUAUCGUAUCAGUAAAAAAUAAGUCUGCAACUUUAUUUAUAAUAUGUAAUCUUUCUAGUUUACUCCAAUCUGAUCGGGACACCUAUACAGCAUCUGUACAAUUAAUCUUUAUUCGUGUUGGUAUACUAUAAGCAAAAUGAGAAUAUUAAUAAUUUGUAUUAUAUUUGGCUUUAGAUAUUUAAAAUUCACCAGGAAGUUGUAAAUGUAACAGUUAGUUUUGAAAACAAAAAUCUCGGUUGGAAAGACAUGUGUUUCAGGUAUGAUUGAACUUUGAUUUCUUUGUCCACCAAUCUGAUUUCAGGCCAUUACACCCCUCCCUCUAGCUGUCUAUGGUUGCAAGCAAUAAUACCAGAUGUAUAUGAAUAGACUGUACAGACAUUUGUCUCUCUCAAUCACGACCGUGAAGGAACUUGCACAUCCGAUACAACUUCACGCUGAUUUACAUAAACUUUAAGUUCAAUUUUCACACCAAAUUGUCCUUAAUUUAUUUUAAAUUUAUAAUAAUUUUGUUUGUGGAAACACCACGUAAAUUUAUUACUGCAAAGCUUUCGAUCCGUAAGCCCGAAUCUUUAUCAGUGCUAAUAAUAUGUGACUUGUUUAAUUCGCACGCCCUUUUUAUAUACAAAAGUGUCGUGAUCUGUUGGCUUGAGUCAUUUAAAAUUUAAUUAGACGACACAUGAACCACGUCAUUUCAAACGUAGUGAAGUGAUUCCAAUUAACGCGGGCGCAUCCAAGAUAAGAGAAAUCAAUUUUGCACAUCAAAACAAACAGAACAAAGAAAACAAGUUUGUGGUAGUGUUUCCAGAAACAAAACUAUUAUAUAUUUUAUCGCCAUGCAAACAUACAAAGAACUUAUUAUUUUAAAUUGUUGAAGAUUACGAAUUUUCUCAUCAAGACGUUUCUUCGGUUCAAUACAACACGAUAGAACUGAAAACUAACGAAAUAUCUUACUGCUAGAUGAAACCAAUGGAACAAUUUUAACUCAACUUCUUGAAAAAUCUUUUUAAUGAAAGCUAACAACUUGCUGAACAGAAAAAUGACAUCCAGUGACGCCCAUUGAGGCCCUGAGAUACGAGAUACUGUUACAUGAAUGCAAAAUCUCCAAGACAAUAUAGCUGUUCUAAAUUUCAUGUUUUAGAAAAGGAGAUAUAUGUUCUCUAGCAUCAAUUCUGGAGCUAUGGUCGUUUGAUGCCAACACAAUAAAUGCAUUGACAAAUGACAAAGUAUUAGCAGACAUUAACAACAGAGGACCUCGCAGGUAAGAAAUUUUCGAGACACCACAAUUGCCGAAUAAUUACCAGGGACGCCGGAACUGGGGAGCAGGAGGGGCAGCCGCCCCCAUUGCCCUUUACCAGGAGGGGCAAGCGGGGCAAAGGUGCCCUUUCAAUUUAAAGGAUUGUCUUGGCGAAAUAGCGAAUUGUCAGACACUCAGACAUGUUAGUGCAAUUCUUUUACGAAUUUGCUUCAGAAAACGCACGACAUGCAGUCAUCGAGCUUCAAGAACAGCACAAUCACCUGGCGGAGAACCCCCUCACACUCCUAUCAUCCAAUAAAUAGAAAACAUGAUUAGGGGAAGUUCAAAUCCCGAUGUUUUGCAAACAUCUCUUAGUAUAUAUCAAUUCAAAAGUGUCCUUUCACGAAAAUCUGUUCCCUUGCCUUCACAUCGUUCCGGCGUCCCUGAUAAUUACUAUAUUUACGAUUUAAUGGGAUCAAGGCUUAAAAUGCAUCAACAAUGUGACCGAUAAUAUAGGGCUUCAGAACAAUAUUGUAGUUGAAUCUCGCUCUAAAAUUUCUCCGUUUUUGUGUUGAUGAUAUUAUAGUUACUCUUAACGACACUGUGCGGUGAUCGAUUUAGGGCCACCGCUUGUGGGUCCAUGUUACUAAGAGCUCGAGGAAACUGGAAUACCGAGAAAAACCAAAGGCGUUUGCAUGGGAACGUCAAACUGGGACUCCAGCUCACAUGUGUCUGAGCCAAAAUUGUGAUCUGAAAUGUAAUUAUAUUUACAUGCAACUGUAUAGUGCAGGAAUCGAACCAUGGUCACAAAAUUUACAUUUUAGUAUUCAUUCUGUAGCGCCAAAUACAUGUGCAUACGACACAAUGCGCUUUAUGUUUAAAGUGCACAUAUUGUGAUGUGGAAUUUUACAAUGAUAUAUAUUCAAAAACAUUCUAAGACGAAACGCAACACACCUUCUUAGAGAGAAACUUAACUCAUCUUCGUGACCUUUUGGCUGUUAAAACUACCGGAAAUGACGUUUCAUAAGGCAUUUUUGUAGUUAUGUGGCAAGAAACAGAGAAAACAGAUUAGCAUUGCCUUAUCGAUUAACAUUUGCAAUAAAGUCGAAAUAUUAGCUUGAAUUUUGUUGUUUAGUUUAUUAAAUAGCUGGAAUCGUGGGUUUACAAGAUAAAGAAAUUCAGCGUGUGUUAAUUUCAUCUUACACUAAUAUGGCUAUGUCAGCUUCUGUAUUUAGCAUUACAUCCAAGUAGAAAUAAACUAUACAUUUAUUUUGUUUUAGUCCAUAUUCUAAAAGUAAGUUCACCAUAGCAAGAGUUCUGGCAGAUAUCAGCUACACAGAAAAUGGAAGUAUAUCUGAAGCGCAGUUACUGAAGGCAUCAUAUUUCUAUGAGCAACUUCCUUCUCUGGUGGAUCCUUCAGACAAUGUAAGUGAACAGAGGCGUUGUACAUACCUCCAUAUCCUAAACGUUUAGGGGUUCUUAACGAUAACAGCACAUAUCAGUGUCGAAGAUAACAGCACUUAUAUCACACUUGCGUCGGUUUUCUUUGUUCGUCCGAGGUUUAUAACUAGCUUAUAGACCUUGAAUAAAUGAUUGGAUUAAACUUGUAGACAAAACGCGAGAAUUUUUCAUUAAAAAUUUUUGAAAAUGACAAAAUAUGUUGGAAAACCUCCGCAAGUGUGAUAUAAGUUAGUUAUAAACCUGGAAAGUCGGUUUAUAACUGAUAUAUUGCCCCUCGGACGCUACGCGUCCUCGGGUCAAUAUAUCAGUUAGAAACCUCCUACUCGGUUUAUAACUCUUACAUAUAUAUAUAUAUAUAUAUAUAUAUAUAUAUAUAUAUAUAUAUAUAUAUAUAUAUAUAUAUAUAUAUAUAUAUAUAUAUAUAUAUAUAUGUAUAUAUAUAUAUAUAUGUCGGACUUCGAUGGCGUGCUGUAAGGAGCUCUGUGAUGAGCUCUCUGAUAAAACCGAUAUCUUUAUGAAUUUAUCGACAACGAGUUUGAUUGUUUUUUUCGGCCAAAAGAAAAACAAAUUAACAUGGACUGGAACCCUGAAUGACUUAAAAACAUUUGUGUCAACAAUAAUCGAUGAAAAAGCCGCAGAAAGUUCCGUCUGGCGAUCACCAUGCGGCGGCAAGUGGUGCUUCACCUGCGAAGAUCUUGAGAUUACGUGGCACUCGAAGAGUGGAGCAAUAAUUUUUGACGGAGUCAAAGCGGGAAAUUUGGUAAAGCGAAUAAAAGAUAUCCUCUCAAAGCCAGACGACGCGGAGAAGACUAUCAAUAGCGAUCUUAACAUGGAAGCGAAUACUGAUCGAGGUUCGUCACGCAUCAUUGAAAACGAGGUAUCUAGUCAUAACAGUACUUGCUAUGUAGUUAUAGAGGGUAUAAAACUCGAGAUGGUAAUUUUGGAAACCCGCCGGCUACUCAAUACCAUAAAGGAGAAUAAGUCAGACAUUUGCUCGCUUAAAUUUAAAGUCAAAGAUCUAGAAGGUGUCAUCCGACAUCAGGAUGACGCAAUUCUCAAGCUCUCAGAAGAUAAUUUAAUUUUAAAAUCUAAAUUAUCCUCUUUUGAAAACUUAACUUAUAAAGUAAUCUGCCAUGACCAUGUGAAUAAUGAACGUGCUAAUGAGUCUGCCAGUACAAUCCAGGUUAAUGACCAAUGUGGAUUCCACGACAAAGACCAACUGACUAAUUUGAAUGCCAACAAUUCGAGGUUUAUUGAAACUUCAACCAAGGAAAACCCCUCUUUGCUUAAUGGUACACAAGUUCCGGAUCCCCACGAAAAGCAGCGCUUGACAAUAGAUCUAGCUACCCAGCGGAAAGAACGGAUUAACAUAAUGACUAAUGUAGUUAAUGACCAAUGUGAAUCGCAAGAUAAUGACCAACCCACUAAUCUGAGUAUUAACAAUCCAAAUUUUAAUGAAAUUUCAACUAAUGAAAACCGCUCAUUGCUCAAUAGUACACAAGUUCCAGUUUCUCAUGACAAUCAGCCGCGUGACAAUAGACCUAACUACCAAACCAAAAAAAGGGAUUAACAUAAUAUACAAUCCACAACCUGACAACGUGAAUAACUUGGGCAAUAAUCGACACCCUCGUGCAAAGAACAACACCCCCUGCCCAUUCCUUAGGCGCCGAGGGUGGUGCGCAAAAGGAAACCGAUGUGAUUUCAAACAUCCGCAUGAAGAACAGAAACAUUUGGUGCCCUGUCCUUUCCUACAAAAGCGACGCUUCUGCCUUAAGGGCACUAGGUGCGAUUUUUCUCAUUGGGCCACUUUUCCUCAUAGAAUACAGCCAAUAAGGUCUAUCAAAAACUAUCCUACUCCGCCUUUUUACGACAAUCGACAGCCUAUAGUCUCACAACACUGGUCCGGUUACAAUCAAAGCGUUCAAUGGCACCCCCAAUGGACCGGGAUUUUUUCAAUCUCCCCCGAAACCGCUAAUGGAAACCCCUUUAUGCCCUCCCUACAACUUCCAAGUUUCCCCCUAUUGCAGGGCACGGUAUGCAGAAACACUGGUGUAAUCCCUGUCGUUAGCGCUAUACUCACAAGAUCCCUGUGAGAAUUACUAACAACCGCGCAAAAACCGUCGUUAACCACAUUAAUAAUCAUAGACAACUGAAAUUAGCCAGUACUUCAAUACAUGACCAGGCCAUGAACCGAAACAACAUAUCAAGAUUACCGAGUUUUCUUCUUAUAAAUGCUCGCUCACUGUUACCCAAAAUAGACGAGCUAUCCCUCUUACUAUCAAUACAUUCUAUAGAGUUUAUUGCCGUAACUGAAACGUGGCUCAAAGAUACUGUUCCUGAGCAACUAAUUUACAUAAAUAAUUACAACAUUUUUCGCAAUGAUAGAUCUUACAGCCGUGGUGGGGGUGUCUGCGCUUUCAUCUCGACAAAUAUCCCAGCUAAAAGAAGAAUGGACCUUGAAAACCCCUCUCAUGAAUGCUUAUGGUUAUGGCUGCGACCCCACCGCCUCCCAAGACACCUAACUGGAUUAAUCUGCUGUGUCCUAUAUAACCCGCCUGAUACACCAGUCAAUGAGCAAAAGGAAUUAACGGCCUAUCUUAUCGAUCAGAUUGACCGAGUUAGAUGUACCCACCCCGACUGCGGUGUUGUCUUACUCGGUGAUUUCAACAAUUUAGAUAUCAGCGAUCUCCUGUGCCAUCACAAUCUUACGCAAAUAGUGGACACCCCAACGCGUGAAGGUAACAUCUUGGAUCUAAUUGUUACUAAUCUAGAAGCCUUGUAUUCUAAGCCUGUGAUUAUAGCACCGCUCGGCUCAUCAGAUCACAACAUUGUUAAAUGGUCCGCGAAAACUAACGUUUUAAGAACAGAUAAUAAAACAAUUAAGAAAAACAUACGUUCCUUCCCCAUGUCGGCACGUGCAGCUUUUGGAAGAUGGUGCUGCUCACGUGAGUGGUUCUCUGAUGCCGAAAGCAAAAACUCUGCGACCGCUCUAGCGUCCUCCUUUACCAACGAGUUAAAUUCUGCUGUUGAUAGGUUAUUCCCGUCUAAGGUUAUUAGAAUUCAUAACUCUGACAAACCAUGGAUGACGCCUGCAUUUAAAAAACUGAUUUAUCAAAGGCAAAAAGCCUUUCAUUCUGGUAACCUUGACCUCUGGCGUCACUAUAGACUUAAAGUCCGAAACGACAUAGGAGUGAAAAAGCGUGCAUAUUACACGAACAAGGUACAACACCUAAAAUCCAGUGACUCCAGAAAAUGGUGGGACUGUGUUAACCAGAUGUCCGGGAAAAAAAGAUCUGCAACCAAUAACAUUAAGAUCGUUAAGAAUGGUACCACUCUAUCUGGUAAAGAUCUCGCCCAAUCACUUAACACCUAUUUCUUAAGCGUGAGUAAUGACCUACCACCACUGAAUCCUCUCCUGCUACCUGCCUUUCUCCCUGCACCAAGGCCUGUACCAAAAAUUUUCCCUGACGAAGUUUGCACUAAGAUGCUCAAUACAAAAGUUUUCAAAUCCAGCGGUCCUGACAAUAUUCCUAACAGGAUUAUUAAGGAUUUCGCGUACGAAUUGGCCGAACCUGUAUGUCACAUCUUUAAUACAUCUCUGUCCACUGGUGAAUUCCCUAACAUAUGGAAAGAUGCAUUAAUUACACCAAUUCCUAAAGCGCCAUCCGUAUCCUGUGAGGAGGAGUUGCGCCCAAUCUACCUUACAGCCUCUUUGUCCAAAAUUCUUGAGGACUUUGUGGUCAAUUGGAUGGUGGAUGACGUGAAACAUAAAAUCAACCCGCAACAAUUUGGUUGCCUUAAAGGAACCUCUACAACGUUUUGCUUGAUUGAUAUGAUCAACAAUUGGCUGAAAACAUUGGAUGAUAAAUCGAGCUAUCUGCGGAUCGUUUUCCUCGAUUUCAGUAAAGCGUUCGACCGCAUCGACCAUAAUAUCCUGGUCCCAAAGUUGCUGGCCCUUGGCGUCAGAUUGUCGCUUAUUCCAUGGAUAUGCAGCUUUCUCUCAAAUCGCCGUCAAUCGGUAAAGAUCGACAAUUUCCAAUCUGAUUGGGGCAUCAAUAACGCAGGUGUCCCUCAAGGAACCAAAUUGGGCCCUAUUUUGUUCAUAAUUAUGAUCAAUGAUCUUGAACUGGCAUCCUCUAGCACUGACCAUUGGAAAUACGUGGAUGACGUAACAAUAUCGGAGUCCUUAAAGAAAAAUGAAGUUUCAGUCCUACAAUCUGAUCUUAACACAAUUGAAAGAUGGACUGUUAAUAACAACAUGAAAUUGAACGGAAAGAAAUGCAAAGAAAUGAUAGUGAGUUUCGUCCGUAGCGAGAAUGACAUCCCCCGGCUCCUCAUUGAUGGUUUACCUCUAGACUUAGUUCCUUCUUUCAAAAUUUUGGGCUUAACCAUGAACAAUAAAUUGAAAUGGCAAGAUAACACUGAAGCGUUCGUUAAAAAAGCCUCAAAAUGCUUAUACAUUAUUCGUGUCCUACAGCGCUGUGGUCUUCCCCCCAAUGACCUCUUACUAGUCUACUUUUCUAUGGUGCGCUCUAUCUUAGAAUAUGCCUGUCCUGUCUGGCACACGAUGUUACCAAAGUGUUUGGGGGAUAAAAUUGAAAAAGUUCAAAAAAGAGCUUUCCGUAUUAUUUAUCCGACAACAGAUUACGAAGAUGCUCUCAACAUCGCUAAAUGCAAGCGCCUUGUCGACAGACGUCAAGAGCUAUGUGCUAAAACAUUCAAAAAGAUCUUAAAACCCGAUGCUCACCUCAACCACCUCUUACCCCCACUCCGUGAAGAAUCGCAUGAACUGGACUUAAGAAACUAUUCUAACUUCACAUUAACUAAAUGCAGAACGGAACGUUUUAAAACUAGUUUUAUACCAGCAAUGACUGCUAAUUUUAAUAGUAAAUAAUUUGUAGUAUUUUAACAACUGUACAUAUACGAUAUAUUUAUAUUUAUAUUAUUUGAUAUUCAUCUUUUAUUAUGUUUCUGUAAGCAUAUUGCAAUUCACCUUCGG